AUGGGGGACUUGAAAUCCACCUCACCUUCGGUUCGUUUGGACUUGAACAACUUUGACUCGGCCCAGGCGGAGAUGAGUCGUUAUGUUUUGACCAGCCCCCGCUCGUUGGAGUCCUGCGCACGGCUCGGCAUCAAACCUGUUGAACUUCUGAUCAAAUCUUUAAAUGAGCUGAUUACUGAGCAGCGUGAUGUCCCCUUCGAGGCGGUAAGAGUUAUGCAUGAAUCUUACGAAAAGGAGAGAAAGAAGGUUUUACAAAUGUGCCGAGAUGAGAGGGAGAGGAUUAUCCAGGAGGCAGGGAACAGGUGGCCAGCCAAUAAGAGAGGCCUGGAGAGGGUGCCUGACAAGAAACUGAAGGAUGACCCUGCUGUUCAUGAGUCUGUUCCAUAUGCAGAUCUGUGUUUGGAAGGCAAAUCUGUGAGCAGGUCCUCCUGGUCUGCUGUUGGUCACAAAGACCAGGACAGGAGCACGCUCUGCAGCUUCCAGCAUGGGGACCUCAGACGCUCCCCAGCUACUGAUAUUAAACUGGAGAAGCUCACCAAGGACAUCACAAAGAAGAUGUGUGUAACAAUACCAGAGAGAGACCGCAAGAUCGCAGCUCUCAUGCUAGUGAAGCACCAGGAGGAGCAGGACCGUCUGAAGCUCUGUCAGCAGGAGGAACAGGAACGUCAGGAGGCCCGCAGGCAGGAGGAGGCUCAGAGGGCUCAGGCAGAGAAAAAGAGGAGGAAGAAGCUUAAGCAGAAUAUGCGGCGCUGGCAGAAGGAGCUGGAGGCCCGCAGGAGGCUGAGAGAGCGACUGGAAAAUGAAAAGGUAGGGAGACUUGAGCAGGAGGUGAUGCUCCAGGAGGACCGCUGGAGGAGGCUGAAAGAGGAGGCGGAGGCACAGCGCAGAGAAAAAAUUGAGGCCUCACAGAAAGACGCAGAGGUGCGAAAAUGCUACCAGGAGAAGCUGCUGAGGGGCAAAGAGGAGUUGGACGAAAGGGAGAGAGAGAUGGAGAGACAGGUAGCGGUGGAGAAGGAGCAGAAGGCCAGGAGGAGCAGAGUGCUGCAGGAGAAUAAGGAGAGGAAGAGGCUACAGGAAGAGAACCAUAAGCAGCUGCUCCGACACAUCCUCCUGAAACGGCAAGUAGAGCAACAGGUGCAGGAGGAGAUGGCGCAGAAAAGGGCAAUACUCGAGAGAAAGCUGCAGCAAUCCAGCGAGAAACACGCCCAGGUUGUAGAGGCUCGGGCGAGGGAGCUGCAGGAGCGGGCGGCACAGGAAGAGGAGCAGAUUCAGAGGGCUCAGCUGAGGGCCGAGCUUCAGAGCAUCCAGCAGCUCACUCACAAACAGCUCCUGGUCCAACUGAGCCAACAUCGAAUGGAGAGAGCCAACCAACAUGCCUCGGCCCAGCGCAGGGACAGAGCUCUGCAAAGACACCAGUACAACAGACACAGGCAGCUCUGCCACCAGAGGCUCAGAGAGAGGAUGCAGAGAGAGGAGGAGGCGAUGAGAACGGUCAGACAGAACUACAUCACCAUGAAGGAGUGGAAGAGGGAAAGGCUCCGGAGACAACGAGAACAGAUCCAGGAGGAGGCGUACAGGCUGGCUCGGGCCUCUUUUCACAUGAGGGAGAGAGUGAGGCAGCAGACAAAGAGUCGCACCUUUGAUCAGAUGGCUUUGGAAGCUCAGCUGAUUGCCUCCAUUAGCCGCAUGAAACUGUGA